AUGACAACUUUUUAUAGCCUUCACCAUCUUAUUGACCCUGCUCUUCUCCUCCUGUCUGAUAGCACAUCGCUGCUUCGACGAGUGCUCAGUGCCAUUGGUAGUUUUGUUUCGCCCACACCAGCAGAGGAACAAGCUGUUAUUGCUUUGGUUGAUCGACUUUUUGCUGAGUCAAUGAAUGUUAUCAAAGGCAUCGCCUUGAGUCUUGAUCUGCCUACUCAUAUGCCAGAGUCCUUCUACUCGAAGUUGCCUUUUCGACGUUCGAAUCCCACCAACACCACCAACAACAACCUCAAAUCUCUUAUGGAGGAUUUUGAGCUGCUCACUUUCUACUGCAAAUCCAACGAAUUUCUGAAGGCAGUAGCGCCAGCCAACAUCUCCUUAGACUUCGUCCAGCACGCAAUGGAUAAGCUGGAGAAUGUCGCCAUUUGCCUUCUUGCUACUUACUUCCCUGUGGAUGUACUGGAGGAGGCCUAUGCUUUAGGUAGUUCCUGCUCGGACCGUCUCAAUCUCCUCCUCUGCCUCGACGUCCCCGCAGUUCGUGAUAUCACGCCUUUUCCCGCCUUCCGACCUAAAAAAGACCACCUCAUACGUUUCGGCUACUGCCAGUACCAAUUCGCCUCUUUUCUUGCCUACCUCUCCAUUAUGCCAGGAUCGGUUGAAACUCUUUCGUUGCCUUCUUUAGAAAGUUGGCUUAACCUUUGGACCGCAUCUCAGGACAUUCGACUACAACUUCUUUCUGCCAAAAUCGCCCACAAUAUCCAAGCCCAUAAACAGUUGAACUCCACCAGACAAGAAUCCAACGAAGACGAAGUGGAAGUACCAUCGGAUAUCAGGAAGCCCAUAUUCUACCUCUCUGAUGGUCCAUUACCAGUUCCUCGAUCUGCUCAAAGCCCCUCAAAGACAAAUAAGGUCUUGAACCCACCUGUCAUCUAUGGACCAGAUAUAUUCAAACUAGAUAAACGAAGGUAA